GGAGCCACAGACUCGGAGAAGCGGGUUGUGUGUCUGUCAGCGGAGAACGAGAGUCUGAAACAGAGUCUGACUGUCACCCAGGGCCUCCUGCAGCAGCUCUCUGUCAUCCCCUCCCAGUCCAGCUCUAUACUCAUCAAGGAGAAUGAGAACCUGCGCAGCCGGGUGCAGCACCUGGAGAGUUCCCUGCAGCAGAGGGCUGAUCAGCUGUCUCACCUGGAGCGACAGAGCGAACAAAGCGAGUGGAGGAGAGGAGAGGAGCAGAGGAGAAGAGAGGAGAGAGUGAGGGAGUUGCAGCUCGAGCUGGAUAAAGAGAGGGCCAAAGAGCCACAGGUCAAGAUUGUCACUCAAACUGUGGAGGUGGAGUCACCGGUGACUCUGAGGCAGUUGGCUGAGGCCAGAGAGAGGAACGAGCAGCUGUCAGAGAAACUGACCAAUCAGAACGAGAAGUGCAGACAACUGGAGGAGCACAUCAGGAAGUCAGAUGAAUUCAGCUGUAACCUGCAACACAAGAUUGCAGCGUACGAGCGGGAGAUCAGCGUACUGCAGGAGGAACUGCUGAAGGAGAUAGGUCACCUGGAGGAGAAGAAGGAGGAGGCUGUAAAGGCUGCAGCGACCUGCUCCGUAGAACACUUCCAGAGCCUGCAGGACCAGUUCUUUAGUGAGUCCCAUCUAGUACAACCUUCAGAAGCUUCUACAGACUGUGCAGAUAUGCUGUGA